UUAAAAUAACUAUUUUUAAUAUAAUUAAUAUUAUCCACGGGUUUUGCCGGGACGGGUGCGGAUAUAAAAGUUUUUGUUUGCGGGUUAUGCGGGUCGAGUUUGUGAAUCGAAAAAAUGAUUCGACCCGCGGCGGGGCGGGGCGGGUCGGGGCGGGUUGACCCGCGAACCCAGCACUACUCAUGGUCUAAUGGAACUUUGUAAAUUUCCUAAAUUUAACCGAAACUGGUUUGAUGUGACCAAAUAAAUAAACCGAUGUUGAUUUGGUAUUUGAUUUCAUUCGCCUUAUUUUUUUGGUUAAUUUGAAUUGAAUACUUCUAAUAAUCGGUUCAGAUAAAGACCACCGGUUAGGGGAUUCAACGGUGACCAAGAGGCUAUAUGUAAAAUAAACGGCCGAGAUAAUGUAGUCUAGGGUAAGAUCUGUGAUCCACGGCACAUAGGAACAAGAGUAACUGGGUCCCGCAUGGGCCGUUAAUCCUCUGUUUCUCUCAUUCGCAUCUCUCUCUCUCUCUCUCUCUCUCGCGAUUCCAUUUUUGAUCUGAGUUUCUUCUCUGUUCAUGCUACAUUCCGUUGAUUACACGAAUCCGAGACUCUUCUUCGCGUGGAUCUGUUUCAGACGAUCGUGAUCUGGAAUAUUAUCUCGUGUCCGUUUUUUUUUUGUUUUAAAGAUGUCUAAUUUGUAUGGAGAUUACAACCAAAAGAUCGAUUACGUGUUUAAAGUCGUCUUGAUCGGUGAUUCCGCGGUCGGAAAAACACAGCUUCUUGCUCGGUUCGCUAGGAAUGAGUUUAGUGUCGAUUCUAAAGCCACCAUCGGUGUUGAGUUCCAGACUAAAACGCUCGUUAUCGAUAACAAAACCGUCAAAGCUCAGAUUUGGGAUACUGCUGGCCAAGAAAGGUACCGGGCGGUGACAAGCGCAUACUACCGUGGAGCUGUUGGGGCAAUGUUGGUCUACGACAUGACCAAACGUCAAUCAUUUGAUCACAUGGCUAAAUGGCUAGAAGAGUUAAGAGGGCACGCGGACAAAAACAUAGUGAUUAUGCUAAUCGGAAACAAAUGCGAUCUCGGAAGCCUAAGAGCAGUGCCAACAGAAGACGCACAAGAGUUUGCACAAAGAGAAAACUUGUUCUUCAUGGAAACCUCGGCUCUCGAAGCUACCAAUGUCGAAACCGCGUUUUUGACCAUCUUAACAGAGAUUUAUCGUAUAAUCAGCAAGAAAUCACUGACGGCUGAUGAUGAUGACGCCGAUGGGAACUCGAGUCUCUUGAAGGGGACUAGGAUUAUCAUUCCGAGCGAGGAGGAAAGUGGGAAGAGAGGUGGAUGUUGCGGCAAAACGUAACUCCAAAGACAAAAGACAAAAGAUUACAUUCUUUUUUUUUGUUGGGUUUCUUAUUGUUUUUUGUUCAUGUUAGGCCAUUUGUUCUUGAAACGAAACAAUAAGCCAAGGUUUACUAGAGAAAGAAGAGUUAUGAGGGUGAAACCAAGAGCCCCUUUUUUUCACAUACCACCAUUAUCUAGAAAAACAAUACUCCCUCCGGAUAUGAAUGUAAGAUG